AUGGAGUCAAGUACACUUGGUAAAGCAGCAACAUUGGAUGAAUUGUUGAGCACAUGCAUUGAAAUGUUUGACGACAGGGGACAACUGAGCAACAGUUAUUUGCCAAGAAUCGUUCUUUUGAUGCACCGAUGGUAUUGAUCAUCCACUGAGCUGGUGGGAAAACUUCUCUCAAUGUACCGUGAUGCUUGUGGGGAAGGAUGUGAUGAAUUCUGCCUAAAGGUCUGCUACUUCAUGAGUCCUUCCUAUGACUGGAUGAGAAGAGUCACACAGAGAAAAAUAUCUAAGAAGGGAAAAGCUUAUCUGCUGUUUGACCAUCUGGAGCCCAUUGAACUGGCUGAGCACCUUACUUUUCUGGAGCACAAAUCUUUCAGAUGGAUUUCAUUCACAGAUUAUCAAAGCUAUGUAAUUCAUGGCUGCCUGGAGAAUAACCCAACCCUGGAAAGAACCAUUGCUUUAUUUAAUGGGAUUUCUAAAUGGGUCCAAUUGAUGGUUCUUAGCAAACCAACUCCACAGCAAAGAGCCGAAGUCAUCACUAAAUUUAUAAAUGUUGCCCAGAAACUCCUUCAGCUACAGAAUUUUAAUACAUUGAUGGCAGUGGUGGGAGGACUGAGCCAUAGUUCUAUUUCCUGCCUCAAAGAGACUCAUUCUCAUCUUUCUUCAGAAGUUACAAAGGACUGGAAUGAAAUGACAGAACUCGUCUCCUCCAGUGGCAAUUACUGCCCUUACUGCAAAGCUUUUGCUGACUGUGAAGGCUUCAAAAUCCCCAUCCUGGGUGUUCAUUUGAAAGACUUGAUCGCCGUUCAUGUCAUUUUUCCAGACUGGACUGAAGAUCAUAAAGUCAAUAUUGUGAAGAUGCACCAGCUCUCAGUGACCUUGAGUGAAUUGGUUUCCCUCCAGAGCUCCUCGCACCACUUGGAACCUAACAUGGAUUUAAUCAACCUCCUAACACUUUCUCUCGACCUCUAUCACACAGAAGAUGAUAUUUACAAACUCUCACUGGCACUGGAGCCCAGGAAUUCUAAAUCACCUACCUCUCCUACAACUCCUAACAAGCCAGUAGUGCCCUUGGAGUGGGCAUUCGGAGUGAUACCAAAACCUGACCUGACCAUUAUUAACAAGCACGUAAGGAAGUUAGUCGAGUCCGUUUUCAGCAAUUAUGAUCAUGACCAUAAUGGGUAUAUCUCCCAAGAGGACUUUGAAAGUAUUGCCACCAACUUUCCUUUCUUGAAUUCCUUCUGUGUGUUGGACAAAGACCAGGAUGGCUUAAUUAGUAACGAUGAAAUGAUGGCUCAUUUCCUGAGAGCUAAAUCCCAGCUCCAGUGUGAAAUGGGACCAGGAUUUGUCCAUAAUUUUCAAGAGGUGACCUAUCUCAAGCCAACUUUCUUUGAACAUCGCGCAGGAUUUCUCUGGGGCAUAAUCAAGCAAGGAUACAAAUGCAAAGACUGUGGAGCCAACUGUCACAAGCAAUGCAAAGACCUCCUUGUGCUGGCAUGCAGGAAAUUUGCAAGGAGGACCUCCAUGGGAAGUGGUCAUGGCUCUCUUCCUGGCAGCCCAUCAUUGCCUCCAGUUCAGGAUGAGGUGUUUGAGUUCCCUGGUGUUGCUGCUAGACAUCAGGCUCUGGACAGCCAAGCCAUCACCCUGGUGACAGGCUCCUUUCGAAAGAUCUCCGUGUGCCUUCAGCAGGCCACCACCAGUCAGGCCGCUCAGAUGGAACCCAUGUGGCCUGAGUCUGGAUGGGGUGACUCAGGAUCUCAUACCUUCCCCAAAAUGAAAUGCAAGUUCCAUGGCAAAGCUAGAAAGGACGAAGGCUUUGCUCGAUGGGAGAACGAGAAGCCUGGGGGGCAGGUCAAUAUGAACAUGGGGACCCAGAGCACAGAGUAUGAACUGGACCAGAACGGAGCGGACACCAAUAAAGCCAACCAAGAAUGUGAGGGGGGAAGCUUUUGGGAAAAGAAUUCAUUGUGUGGUAAAAAUUACCAGGAAAAAUGGAAAGCAGUCUGGCAGAAAUUAGGGACAGACAAAAAUCUCAUACCAUUUACCAAGAACAUUGAAAAGUUAGAGAAGAUCCAGUGGAAAGCAACCAAAAUGGUAAAGGGUUUGAAUCCAUAUAACUCAGCAAGCAAACAAGUACCAUACAAGUAUGUGCAGGACACCCGGUGGCAGCACAUGCCAAGCAAGUUGAACCGCUGCCUUGACUACCAUCUCCCCUCGGACAAUGGAUAUACCCCAGGAUGCUAA